CAUAAUGCCAGUUUCGGUCUGUGGAGGCGGAAAAGGUUAAUGCAGGUAUGCUGUCGUGGUGUUAAUUUAUGACGUAUGGAAGUAAGUCACAAUUCGUGUUUCACAGCGUGACAUUUCAUUACCUACAUUUUACCUGAGCCGCUCACACAAUGCAAUGAGGUUUUACUCCGUCAGAUUUGGAUGUCUGUUGGCUUUCGCGGGUUUUGUGUCGUUUACCUGGAUUAAAUCAAUUCCCAAUCAUGGAGUUUCUACAGUACAGCUCGACCUGCAGACCCUGUACGAGCGCCUGUCCGUGGCCGAGCAGUUGGGAGGCGAGGUCAGAAAGGAUCUCAGCAGCAUGCUGGAAGAGCUGAAGAACAUAUCCAAAGCUGUCAACAACACCCAUCACACCACAAACACCACCACCACCACCAACAACAACAACAACAACAUCUCCACAAUCCUAUCAGAAACAAGAAUGCGGGCGGACAACACCUCAGAUGGACAGUCGAUCCUGCAGCCCAACAUUUACCUCUACCUGCCCCAUCUCAGACAGCAUCCAGAGAGCCUCGUACCCAACAUAAAGCUGGGACAAGGACGCAGGGGAGUGUCUGUGGUGAUGGGCAUUCCCACAGUGAAGCGGGAGAAGCAGAGUUACCUGGUCAGCACACUCAGCUCUCUGCUCUACAGCCUGACUCCAUCACAGAAAAGAGACAUCCUCAUCAUCGUCUUUGUAGCCGAGACCGACUCCAAGUACGUCAGCAGCAUAGCAGAGAUCAUCGCCAACAAUUUUCCCACAGAGGUGCUGUCGGGGUUAUUGGAGGUCGUCUCUCCUUCGCAGUAUUACUACCCCGACUUCAGCGUCCUCAAAGAGACCUUUGGAGACUCCAUGGACAGAGUCAAAUGGCGAACAAAGCAGAACCUGGACUUCAGCUUCCUCAUGCUCUACGCUCAGGAUAAAGGCACCUACUAUGUACAGUUAGAGGACGACAUCAUUGCAAAGGGAGACUAUCUCAGAAACAUGAUGACCUACACCAAUGAGGAAGCUUCCAAAGAGUGGCUCUACCUGGAGUUUUCUCAGCUCGGAUUCAUAGGCAAAAUGUUUCGAACCAGCGACCUCCCGAUGAUCUCCGAGUUCUUCCUGAUGUUCCAGAGAGACAAACCCAUCGACUGGCUGUUGGAUCACAUCCUGUGGGUCAAAGUUUGUAACCCAGAGAGAGAUGUAAAAGACUGUAGUGAACGGAAGGCGUCACUCAGACGUAGGUACAAGCCGUCACUCUUCCAGCACGUCGGCCUCCACUCAUCUCUGUCUGGGAAACUUCAGAAUCUGAAGGAUAAGGACUUUGGGAGUCAGACUCUGUUCAAGGCCCACAGUAACCCUCCUGCAGCGCUGAGCAGCAGCCUGAAAGCUUACCAGGGGCACAGUCUGGAGAGGAUGUACAAAGGAGAAGACUUCUUCUGGGCGUCAUCACCCGUCAAACAUGAUUACAUCCUCUUCAACUUCUCACAGCCAAUCCACAUAUCCCGGUACCUGUUUCGCAGUGGAAAUAUCCAGCACAGUGGAGAUAAAUUCUUCAACACAACAGUGGAAGUGCUACCUAGCAAUGCGUCAGCACUAGUGGAAGCUGUGAACGGAUCGACUUCCUCCUUCCAACAAUCUGAAAAAGGAUUCGCUGUUAUCGGCGAGUUUGAGAACGGGGUAGCUGACGGUGAGAUUGAAGAAGCGCUGCAGCCGAUCUCAGCUCUCCGCCUGGUGGUUCACUCAGACGCUGUCGUCUGGGCUCUACUGAGUGAGAUUCUAAUUAAAGUUUGAUGACCACAGUGAAGAGGGAAACCAAACACAGGCCUCAGCUUCCGGUGCUGCUGAAAAACACUCUCACUGCAGGAACCUUUUUUUUUUAAUUAAAGGAAGAAAGUGCAACAUUUUACACAUAGAGCAGAAACUAAUGUCCUAUGUACUGUAAAUGUCUGUCUGCCGUGUUUACAUCAUGUUUACAGCCGGCUCCUCUUCUUACGGAUAAAGUUGUUUUAGUCAAGGACUAGCGAAAAGAAGACUAAAAUACUCGCUGCUUAUUUAGAUGUCACGUACGUGUCUUUAGAUCACGUUCAUUCCAUCUAAAUUAAUAUGCAAUGUGAAGGCGCUAACAUUAGUCUGCUAACACAAAAAUGCAAGCCAAAGACAAUUUGUCCACUGCUUGUACUAAAUGAUGCUUAAUUAUUGUGCAUCCCUUUUAAGAACUUCUUAUGUGAAGAAAGGUGGGGUUGGAGGUGUGUCACUGGAGAAGAGCGGAGGCUACACUAUAGCGGAGGUGUCGCCAAACAGCGGUUUGUAUUGGUUUAAUGCUGGUGAUCAAGGGCGACAUACUGGAUCAAAAAGUUGCACAUUCUUCCUUUAAGGAUUUCAUGAAGUGCCUCAAACAGACCAUGGCCCUUUUUCAAACCAACCCCUACACCCUCCCCCUCCGUGAUGGAGUGCACUCCGUUAGAAGUCACACUCGCAGCUGAAUGAAGUCUCCUUCAUCAAGAUGUAGGUAGAAAUACAGCGGCAGGCUUUGGGAAAAACUUCUCUCUCUCAGGUGGAAACAGGAACUGUGUGUUACUAUGGUUACUCAGCGGUAUCUUGUGGGAACAGCUUUUUUUUUGUAGCUAAUGCAUUCUGUAAAAAUCUUUAUGUAGCCUAGAUUAUUAUUCUUCUUCUUUAGUUAUAUUAAUGUAGACUUAUAACAAAACUAUUAGAUUGAGCCUACAUUGUUUAUUGUAAUUUAUCAUUUAAGUUAAUUUAUUGUAAUUUCAUAGAACAGGGUGUCCUAAAUUAAUGCAAAGACAAGGAUAAUAUUGUUGAACAUCAGAGCAGCAAAAAGUGUAUUUUUUAUUGUUGAAUUGAGAUUUCACAAAGACAUCAAAAGUAGAAAAAUAAGAAAUAAAUAUUAACAGUGAAAAGUUGUCUGCAACAUGAUUUAAUAUUCUUUUGUUUUUGCAACAGUCCCUGUAAAUAUAAAACACUUUACAAUAAAUAAACAUAUAUUUGAUCCUCAGUACACAUUUGAAGUUGUUACUGACCCACUACCACUCCCCGCUAGUUGGUUUGGGACGGACUUAAUAUGGCGAACCCUCUGCGAGGACGCGCAAACGGAGGGGUAGUGGGUAGAGAGAGGGUGUAGUGGCUGGUUUGAAAAAGGGCCUAUGACUGUGUCCCUAAUGAAGAGGAACCACUUUUAGUGUUUGUUCUGGUGUCACUUUGUUGAACAUGUGAAGUGAUGAAGUUGAGAAGAGAAUCACGUCCCUCGUCAAGAGUGGAGCUAACUGCUGGUCAAAAAUCUCAUUAUUUCCUUUAAUUUAUUAACUAGCAUAUUGUUAUACCUAACUUUGACAUUAUAUUUUGUUGUAACAAAUAAAUAAAACUACACCGAAGUA